CAGUGGUCGACAUGCAUAAGGGAAGUGCCAAUGGUCAGUCAUUGGCCUACAUUUUUUUUCUUCAGAUGCACUCUUGUUUCUGUUAAGUAAUCGUUCAUUUUACGCAUCAUGGAAGAUGACUAACCGAUCAAGUGUUCAAUUGUUGUGCAUUCCAGUAGCGAUUUCUUAACUUUUAUUUAUUUGUGAUUUUUUAUUGGAAAAAAGUGGCAGAGUUUUAUAAAAACAAAGAUAAAUAUCAGUAUUGGUGACAAGCAGAAAAAUCAACAGACAUACACGCGUCGUUAUCGGCGUACAGCAACCGUCCCGCGAGCGACGACUAAUGAAAAGCAAAAGUGUGCCUUCAAUGAAGAAGAUCUGCUAGGAGCACGUCUGCAACCGAAGCAGUCUCGAACUUUGCAACGGAUCUCGAAAUAACAUCAUCCUCAUCCUGCAAAUAUGGACCUAGUAGCCAACACAACCGAAGUCCACCAACAAAUGCUGGAGGCAAUAAACACCACAACAGCAGAUAGCGACUGGAGUAUGAGCAAAAAUGAAGCCAAAUCGUUGGCGAUUUUGGCUCUCGGCGUGGGCAGCUUUGUGUCCGGCAUUCUGCCGCUCUUCUGUGCCCAACGCAACCGAGAGCGAUUCCCGGUGCUGAUAUCCUUCCUGCUUUGCUUCGGUGCGGGUGUUUUGUUGGCCACCGCGCUGGUACACAUGCUACCAGAAGUUCGCGAUGCUCUCCAUCAAUAUGCGGAGAUAAUAUUCUGCGUUGGAUUCUUUCUGAUUUACACGGUGGAUGAAAUGAGCAGUUUGUGUGGUGUCGGACAUGGACAUAGCCAUGGCGAGCUUGGUGAUCAGUUUAUGGCUGCUGGAAGGCGGCUGAGCCGCGAUUCAAUCAAUGGCGAAGAUGGUGCUCGGUGUUAUGGCACCAGCGAAGAAACCAAACUGCUGAGUAAAGGAGAGAGCAGUGCCCACAUGCAGCAGCGACCGUCGGAUAGCGACGUUCCCGAAAUUAAGCCAGCCCGCUCAAAUGAUAACAUCCCAAGAGUAAUGAUGGUCGCUUCCGGUGAUGGCUCGGAGCAGGUGACUGGAGUUUUCAGUCUAUUGCUGGCCCUGGUGGUUCAUUCUCUGCUCGAAGGAUUAGCUAUCGGAGUACAGGAUACGGCUUCCAAGGUAAUGCUGCUGCUGGGAGCGGUUAGUGCCCACAAAUACGUGGUAGGUUUUUGUCUCGGUGUAGAAAUUUGUUCCAACGGAAACCGUCAACGUUGGUCGCAUGUUCUACAAAUUCUAACGUUCGCGGUCGGAUCGGUGGCCGGCAUCGCAGUGGGCAUGGUGCUGGACGAUAUAGGGCAAACUUUCAACGUGUUAGUCAUACCGGUCCUCCAAGGGGUCGCUGGUGGUACGCUACUGUACGUAACCGUCAGCGAAGUACUCCCGCGGGAGCGUGGAAAACGCAGCAUUAUGCGCUCGCGUCAAGUUGGCCUUCUGCAACUGUUUGCAGUGAUAUUAGGUUUUACGGUCAUGUCGUUUUUAAGUCUCUUAAUAAGUGAAAAAUAGUGUAAGUUAGAUGUGAGAUUUUCUUUUAUCGAAACUAACGAGUUUAAAUUGUAUAGUAGAAGUAGUUUAGGUGGAAAAUCCAAAUAUAGCGCAUGCUGCUGUGCCAAUCUGUUCAAAAGAUACCGCGAAGAACAGCAUAAAAUUUAAAUCGUAACGGAAAGAUUGAUUAACUUUCU